AUGGUGAUUCUCGGGAUCCUACUUUCGAUGCGUCGCGGUGGUGUUGUCGUGGGACAGACUUGGCCGGCGGCAAGUCUUCCUCGAAGAGUUGCUUGGCACGCGGUCGCCCAGGAGGAAAGGUCGCGGCGGUUGACUGGGUAUCCGCAAUUUCCCCAAAGAUGCGUUUCGUUUUGCUUUUCGUCGGCAGCAGCAGGGAUUUGCGGUGACUUGCAAACGGUACUCGGGGGGGUUGAUAGGCGAGAAUGGCUGUGGGAUUGA